AUGCGGACCGCUGAUCCGGGACCGCUCCGGCCGUUCGCCCUGCUGGCGGGCCUCGGCCACUUUGCGCUCGCCGGCGGCUGGCUGGACACCCUCCUCGUGCUCCUCUUUUCAGCAUGGCAGAACCGGCACGCCGUCACGGACCUGGUCGAGGAACACGUAGACGCCGCAACGCUCCAGCAUGCAGUCUACACGCUCCCCGGCGCCGCGCUCGCCCUGCUGGUCUUGGCAUUGAUCCGCUUUGGCGGCUCUUUCUUGGAGGAGGAGGAUGGAACGAAAGCCAAGUUCACGACGCCGAUGCGGCCGUUGCUGGUACCCGCCAAAACGACGCAUCGGCGGACGUUUCCCGAAAAGCACGACUUUGCGUACUCGUAUCUCGUCGUCGGCAUCCCGGUUGGCUGGACAGGGAACUACGGCGGCAUGGUCUCGAGCGGGAUCGACAAGCGCAGCUGGUCGUCGUGGCUCGUCUCGUGGUUCUCGCUGCUGUCGCCGCCCUCGAAGGGCUGGUUCGACAUCGACCCGGCGGACUACCUCGAGAGAGGCAAUGGUCAUCUUGGGCUAAGGGGGAAGCUAGAUGCAUACUUGACUUCCCAAGGCGCGGAUCCGGCGCAGUAUCCAACUGCCUACCUCGUCACCGCCGCCAGGUUUCUGGGAUACCACUUUAAUCCCGUCUCCUUCUGGUAUCUCUAUUCUAAAGAAAACGAGCUGACGGCCAUGGUCCUCGAGGUGAACAACACCUUUGACGAAAGGAGGAUGUACUUCCUCACCUCGGACGUCAUCUCUGCCUGCCAGCGUGUCGAGGGGAGCGAAAAGGCAAAGGCCUCUUCCCAAGACUCGCUGGGCAGCAAUGAGUCCACGCAGACGUCAGCCGUGAGAAUGACCAAGCACUGGCCCAAGGACUUCCACGUCUCCCCGUUCAACUCGCGAAAGGGCUCCUAUUCCCUCUCGGCCGUCGACUUCUUCAGCACCGGCCCCCAUGGCCUGCCUAACCUCGACACCACCAUUACCUUGAAAUCCUCCAAAGAUCACCCAAAACUCAUCGCCCGCCUCUUCUCGUCCGCCCCCGCAAUUGACCCGGCCACCAUGGGCCUCUCACAGAAGCUCACCUUUUUGUGCAGCUGGUGGUGGGUAGGCUUCGUCACCUUCCCACGCAUCGUCCACCAGGCCGCCCUGCUCUUCUUCCGCAGGAGCCUGCACGUUUGGUUCCGUCCGGAGCCCCUCAAACAAAGCAUGGGCAGGAACGCCGACGCGGCAGAACGAGGCCUGGAGCCCUUCUUCCGGGACUACCUCCGCCACCUCGUCGAAAAGUCAUCCGCCGCCCUGUCCGUGAAGUACAUCCCCUCCGGCAUCGCAGCUGACUUGGCGCCCACGGAAGUGAUGCUCUCCCCCGCUGCCCAAAAACAGCCGAAACGCACAGAGGAACUGGAGUUCAAGGUCCUCACGCCGGCCUUCUACUCCCGCUUCGUGCACUACGCCCAUGACCUCGAGGCCGUCUGCUGCGAGUUCCAGGACAACUGCACAAUCCACAUCUCCCGCCCCGACCUUCUUCCCAAACUCAUCCUCAAGAAGCCCACCCCGCCGCUCAAGACGACAAACCCGAUGGAUUUCAUCUACUUCAGGGCCAUCCGCGCCCUUCGGAAAAGACCUGAACGCAUCGAGAGGCCACUCACCUCCAGCGCGACCCCGGCGUCUUCUACAGCCGGCAAAGACGUGGAGAAGAUUGACAUCCGCGACUUCCGGAUAUCUUCGAUGGACGGUUUCGUUCUCGGGGGCGACGACUCAGCAAAGCGCAGCGCAUACAGGUCCCUGGUCUUGCGGACGUUCCUUGCCGACCGUUUUGCCCUGGGAAGCGUCGAGCUGCUGGGUAUGCAACACUUCAUCCUGCGCGCCGGCUUUGCCUGGAUUCUCGCGUCGACGAUUGCUCCGCUGCUCGUGAGAUCGUGA